ACAGCAGGCUUCGGUUAAUGGAAGUGGUGACUGGAGAAUGUGAGAGCAUCCUGCUGUGUGCACAGACAUGGAGGAUGCCAGGAGACCUGAGGAGCUUAUAAUGGCGCAAACAAGUGGCUUAGGCAGAAGAUAUAUCAAAGCCUUUGUGAGUGGCUUCUUAGUUGCUGUGCCUGUAACAGUGACAGUCUUGGAUCGACUGGCUUAUGUUGCACGAGUGGAAGGAGCUUCAAUGCAGCCUUCCUUGAACCCCGAGGGAGCUGCAACAUCCGACAUAGUGCUUUUAAACCGCUGGAGUGUUCGAAACUAUCAAGUGCAGCGUGGAGACAUUGUGUCACUAGUGUCUCCAAAAAACCCAGAGCAGAAGAUCAUCAAGCGAGUAAUUGCCCUUGAAGGAGACAUCAUUAAGACAAUGGGAUACAAGAAUAGGUACGUGAAAAUCCCUGAUGGCCACUUUUGGGUUGAGGGAGAUCAUCAUGGAUGCAGUUUUGACAGUAACAAUUUUGGACCAGUUUCUCUUGGGCUGGUUCAUGCAAGAGCCUCACAUAUUAUAUGGCCUCUUAACCGCUGGCAGAAAAUGGAACCUGCACUUCCUAAGGGCCGCAGACCCCUUUCAGAUUGGAGUGAUGGAUCAACGGCUGACAACGAUGAUUAAAGUACUGUUAUACAAAGGGCAAGAACUUCAAACUGGAGACAGAGUAACAGAUUAAUUCAAACCAGAGGUCAUUCUAACCCAAGAAUUCCAGUACUGUUGUUGUAAAGAACAUUUUAAUGUUUUCAUUUUGCAAUAGAUAAUUGAUUUUGUUUCAGUAUAUAAUCUUUUUUUUUUUCUUCAGCUAUACCUACAGUGUAUUCAUCAUUAAAUAUUAUGAACAGAGAGGGAUUCCUUUAGACAGUACAUAAUUAAAUUUUUAUUGUGAUAUCACUAAUAUUUUAUAAUGUUGAUUGUAUGAAUUUAUUUUCAAAAUGCUAGUUUCCUUGGUUGGCUUUGGGUGUGUUUUUACUGAGGAUGUUACAUGUCCUCCUUUUACACCGUUGUUUGUACUGUAGGUAUUGCUUAUAUGCUUUAUUCUGGAAUUGCAUACAUAGCCCUUAUAAUAUUGCAUUUAAUAUCCUGUAACAUAUUUGCUUUGAUUUACUGUAUGAUACAAAGCUACUGUUAAUACAGAAAGGUAGCAAAUAGAAACAGUUGCUGGAUCAAAUCGUACUUGCUGCUUUUUUUGAUCGGCUACGAUGGUACAUACAGUAUGUUUAUGGUUAAGGAUAAUGAAGUGAUGUUAUCAGUGUUGUGAAGGUAGAAAAAGCCAAGCUGUAAAUUCAUGUGCUCUUGUUUUCCCCUGGUUACAAAUGUAAACAAUAAAAUAUGCUAACACA